UUGUGCGCCCCGGGCAGCAGCUCGCCGGGGGGUUUCUUCCUGAGGACAUAGCUUUGUGAGGGCGUCUGGAUGAGGAAGGUCGGGUUCGACUGGCCAGCGCUGGAGGAAAAAACCCAUAGCUGUUAGCUUGUUGCUUUAGAGGAACUGAAGCUGCGUGUGAGAGAGCUGGAAAAUGAACUGAUAAAGUGUAAGCAGAAGCAGUGUGCCAUGGAUGAUGCGCUGCACAGACCGAAGAUUGACAAAAUGAGCGCGGAGGUUGUCGACUCCAACCCGUACAGUCGUCUAAUGGCUUUAAAGAGAAUGGGCAUCGUGGAUGAUUAUGAGAAAAUCCGGACUUACACAGUGGCUGUGGUUGGGGUUGGUGGAGUUGGCAGCGUGACAGCUGAAAUGCUCACUAGAUGCGGCAUUGGGAAGCUGCUCCUCUUUGACUACGAUAAAGUGGAGCUGGCCAAUAUGAACAGACUGUUCUUCCAGCCUCACCAGGCAGGCCUGAGUAAAGUGGAAGCAGCAGAACACACGCUCAGAAACAUCAAUCCAGAUGUUUCAUUUGAGACCCACAACUACAAUAUCACCACCAUGGACAAUUUCACACAUUUCAUGGAUCGCAUCAGUCAUGGAGGGCUGGAGGAAGGGAUGCCAGUGGAUUUGGUCCUGAGCUGUGUGGAUAACUUUGAGGCCAGAAUGGCCAUUAAUACAGCGUGUAAUGAACUAGGUCAGAUCUGGAUGGAGUCUGGCGUCAGCGAGAACGCUGUAUCAGGACACAUCCAGCUCAUCAUUCCCGGAGAGACGGCCUGCUUUGCUUGUGCUCCUCCCCUGGUGGUGGCAGCUAACAUUGAUGAGAAGACCCUAAAGAGGGAGGGUGUAUGUGCUGCCAGCUUACCAACAACCAUGGGUGUGGUCGCAGGCAUCCUGGUCCAAAAUGUCCUCAAGUAUCUGUUAAAGUUUGGUACUGUCAGUCAUUAUCUGGGCUACAACGCCAUGCAGGACUUCUUUCCCACCAUGGCCAUGAGAGCCAAUCCCCAGUGUAACGACCGCUACUGCAGGAGACAACAGGACGAGUACAAGAAGAAGGAAGCCGAACGACCCAAGGUGGAAGUUGUCGAGGUAGAGGAGGAGGUUGUACACGAGGACAAUGAGUGGGGUAUUGAACUAGUGUCAGAGGUGACUGAUGCAGAGUUACAGGCUGCAACUGGCACUGUGCCUGACCUCCCAGAAGGCAUCACUGUGGCUUACACCAUUCCUACUGCGGAUACAACAAGCGGAGACACAGUGGAGGAGACUGAACAGAGUCUAGAAGACUUGAUGGCUCAGAUGAGAAAGUUAUAGGCAGCAGUCCGAAGAAGCAUUUCUGCAUUUCAGAUGAAACACAGCUUUCCAUUGCUUUUUUUGCUAAUAAAACAACCCAAUGAUGGCCGCUCGGGGACAAAAGAAAAAUAGCCAAUUAAUGACAACCCACCAUAAUUCCUGCCAACAGCUACAAAAUGGGGAUGCAUGAAUAGUGCUGCUGAUGGCAUUACUUUAGUGAAUAUAAAAAAAAAAAUCAAAAGCAGUUAAAUGUGUCAUGUGCUUUGUACUGGAAAAGUUUAGUACAAAAGAGUCUCUAAUUAAAUGUCUAUAAAUCUCAAAUUAUAUCAUCAUUGCAUUAAAAUGUUUCACAAUGUUUCUUUUCUGCAGUUUUGAUGAGUGGAUGUACAGCAUGUGCUCGGUCAUUCACUCGGCUUUAAGAAAACAUCUGCUACAAUAGUGCUUACGAAUAAUGUUCAAGUUGUUUCAAUAAAGUAUUUAUUAGAUGGAAUACAAUCUUCAA